AUGAGAUUACUUCACCAUGGUGAAUACGGGACAAAACUAAUUGGAGGAAAAUGCAGCAUAGAUGGGAAACUCGGUCACCCUUGCCCGCUAAGCAGAAGACGCAAAAAACAUCUGCGCGAAAAAGAAAUGGGUCCACAAUAUGUACGGAUGUAUGGUCCCAAAAGAAAAGCCAUAAUAAGGACAGGAAACCCGGAUGACGGCAUUAAUUUACCUGACACCGGCCGAGGCACCUUAACUGCAGCCACAAUUUGGUCACGAGCUUACCAUUCAAAUUAUUCUUACCUUGUACGCCCAAAAGUAGUGACUCUUUCUAAGCAUCGCGAAUUAAUGACUACUUUUCUUUUAUACGUUUUAUAUGUAUGUAUAUAUAUAAGUGCCUUCAUAAAAUAG